AUGGCGGGCAACAAAGUCGAUAUCGAUAAUGCUUCGGCGCCGGACGAAGGCUGGUUGACCGAGAGCGACUUCGACGACCUUUCAGCCGAUGAUGAGCUUGUGCUCGCCGAAAUCCCACCGCCCCUUCCCCUGCUUCAUGUCCCGGAGCAUGUGCAACCCGGGGAUGAGCUCUGCCAUGACUGCUCGCUCCUCAGGUUGAAGAGGAAUCGCUUCAUAGUAUGGCCCAAAGAUCCAGAUUACGGUGGCUAUGAACGGCCUGAUGCGAAGCUCAUCGAGCUGGGCAACGUCAAGGACUUGAGACGACGCAAAAACUGCCCCUUUUGCAGACUGGUGCUGCUGGCUAUGGGCGGAGACCGGGUGCCAAACAUUGCCAGCGAUGGAUCACCAGUUAAAGCUCAGAUGAGUUGGGCUACCACCGGCACGAGUGACCAGAAUAUGCCGUGGAAUCGCCGCAGCGAAAUUCGUAUUCUGCAGAUACACGGACGCACCGGCUUAGGAGGGUUUCUCGACAUCGACGAGAUGAAUCUUUUCCCCGACAUCUCGCUCCUUGCAAACGAUUUCCCCAGCGAAGCUCCAGCCAAGGCACAGCGCUUCCUCCCUCGGCCGAUGCAACCCGAAUGUAUUGAUUUUAAAGUUGUCCGGCGCUGGCUAGCCAUUUGCGAAAUCAAUCACUCCAAGGCUUGCGGGAACCGUGCGAAUAUGAAGCAGAUGGGAUGGACUGAUCCUGCGGGAGCAAUUCCGGACUUCCGCUUCAUUGACGUUGAAGCCCGCUGCCUCGUCCGUGCUAGCGGCAAUCCUCGCUAUGCCGCGCUUAGCUACGUCUGGGGGAGGGAGCCGUUCUUCUGUAUGACAUCCGAAAAUCUCGCCGUCCUCCAGAGGCCGGGUGCGUUCGACCAGGAGGAGAUAUGGAGCCAGAUCCCUGCCACGAUACAGGAUGCCAUGAUGGUGGCACGGGAGAUUGGCAUUCGCUAUCUCUGGGUGGAUAGCCUCUGCAUCUACCAGGAUCCCAUUGACAUAGAUAAUAUGACUGGCGAAGAAGAGGUCAUUAUGGCGGGUAAGAUGGGGGCUAUUCGUAUGAUGGACUAUGUGUAUGGCGCCGCAUACAUCGUCAUCUGUGCCGCAGGCAGUCGAAGCGCCCACUCGGGCAUAACGGGGGUUCGGCCCGGCACCCGAGAGUUGAAGCAGCCGAUAGAGGAGAUUGCGCCGGGGUUUCGACUUGCUUAUCGCCAGAAGCCACAAGAUAGCAUAGCGAGCUUUCCCUAUUACAAGAGAGGAUGGACAUAUCAAGAAAGACAUUUCGCCACCAGACUGCUUACCUUUGCCAAUGGCCAAGUCUCACUUCAAUGUUCGUCCGGCAUCUCGUUCCAGGAAGACACGUGGGACGAUGAGUCGGUCAUUUCCUCGAAACGGCCACCAAGUUUCGCCGGAGAGGGCAACGAUAUCGGCGAUGGGGUAGAAGGCCCGAUACAGAACUACUCAGAGAUGCAGCUGACAAAACAGUCCGACAUCUAUAACGCCUUUGCCGGCGUUGCUCGUCAGAUUCGGAUGCAGCUGAAUUGCGACAUAUGCCAUGGCCUGGCAGUCAAGUACUUUGACUGGCUCCUCUUAUGGCAGCCGCUUCCGCUCAAGAACGAGCCAACUCGCCGCGGGGAAGCCCCCAGCUGGUCAUGGUCAGGCUGGCAGGGCGGCGUUUUCCCUCGUAUGUGGAGCUGGUACACGGGCGAUAUGAAAGCCAUCCGUAAGGCCCUGAAACAUCGAACCUGGAUCGUUUGGUACCAUCGACACGGACCUCACAGCACGCGCUGCAGCCUUGUACACAAGCAUGGGCGAGGCUCUGCAGACAGCCGGCAAAACUUCCAUGGCGGACCCAUUCGAAAGCGGUUCCCUUUUGAUUGCUCUCAGACAAAGCCGACUCCACGUAUUCUGACCGAGUUUGAACCCAAGGAAUACUACUUUGAUGUCAUUAGCACGCGGCCAUAUUCUGGCUACCUGCAAUUCUGGACGGUAUCAGCCGAGUUUGAGAUUGCUGAGACCAAAACACCAUGGCCAGAGGAAGGACUCCCGCCGGCAGGGAAGCAGCUUGGCAUUAUUGGCAAGUCAGGAGACGAGCUCGGCUUGAUCGAGGUGCCUACGGCAUGGCUUAAAGAGAAUGCAGCGCCAUGUAAAAGGGAAUUCUUGUUGAUAUGCGAGGCCAGAGAUGUGACAGCAGCGGGUGGCAAGGAUAUGGACGCAGAUGAUCAUGAAUGGCGGUACCGAGUGAUGCUAGUAGAGCCAAAGGCAAGGGGGGAGUAUUAUGAAAGAGUGGCGAUUGGGUCUAUUGGAAGAGGCGAUGAGAUGGAUUCUUUUGGCGAUGGCCCAUGUUGGAAAGAGUUUAUCUUGGGAUGA